CCCCCGGCACGCAGGCAUCUACAGACUACAGCUAAGUAUGAAACUUGAGCGGGCAGAAGAAGGGGACAGGACCAGGUCAUUGGGCAACCGGAAAUGGUACGUUGCACCAGGUGCUUCCUCCACCGUUCCAUGAGGGUAGUCAACCUGAUUGUCAAUAUUUUCGGGAUUGGGAUGAUCAUUUACUCCCUUUGGCUGUUGAAGAAGUGGCAAGAUGGGAUUGCCCAGCUGCCUGCUCCUCAUUCAUCUUUGCCUAGACCCUGGUUUAUAUACACAUGUUUAGCAGUGGGAAUUGCUGUCUCCCUGAGCACGCUCUCUGGUCACAUGGUUGCUAAUUGUAUCACCAAUUAUACACUUUGCAUAUACAUUGUCUCCAUAUGCUCUCUUCUUUUCCUAGAAGUUGCUGUGAUUGUCACUAUUUUCUUCAGGAUGGAUUGGGAACGACAAAUUGGCGAGUACAUUGAUGAGCACCAUAAAAAGUUCAAGAGUUUUGUGAUCUUCCAUCUAAAGAUGUGUCGCUUCAUUCUAAUCAUGAUUUUGGUGCCACAGAUCAAUGUAAUUGUGAUAGCUAUUUUUCUUUGGGCCAUUGGUACCGUGCCAACCAGUCACUGCAGCUAUCUGGAUAUAUCUGACUUCAAUCAUUCCUUUCUUUUGAGACCCAACUCGCCUAUACACCAUGACACAAGCCGAAUAUGUAGACAUUGUAAAUUCUUGUGCACUGAGCGAAGCUUUUUAUCGUGGAUUAAGGACCUUCUUAGAAUGCGAUUUUGGGGAACAAUCACUAAUACUUGAUUUGUUGUUUACAAAAUUAUUACCUCCCUGGUCCCUAGCCAGCUGCUUCUGUGAAGUUGGGACGGACUUGGGAGGGAGGUCAAAAGAAAGCAAUAAAAAAGCGUUUCACCAUUA